ACCACCGUUAAGCGCCCUCGCCCAACCCGACGUCCUCGUCCACCGCCAACAGCCAAAGGCUCUUGCAAGGGCUCGAAGAUUCCGAUGGACCCAUGCUUAAAAAGUUCUUGGAGUCUUGAUAUCCCAACGACUCAGAAAUUCAUGGAGGACAUUCUAACAGCCAUCCCACAAGUUACCGUAAAGGAUGUACGGGUCAGUGGAACCGCCAAGCUCGAAUUCCACGGCAAACAGGCCACGUUUACGUAUGACGGCUUUACCGUCGCGUAUGUUCAGAAGCUACUGGACAGGGACACGCCGGUCAGCGUUGUCGUCAACGGGAAAGCGACUGGCGUCGUCUCCACGGCUUCAGGAGGCGACGGUUCCGGGACGCUGUGCCUUUCCUUCACCAAGGGGACGGGGACUGCCGAGGCAAAGGUGCCGUCACUGGGUGUCGAUACCAAAUUUGAUCUUGCACCCGGCGGUGGUUAUUUCUCCAACGGCAAGGCUACGUAUACUUGCCAAGGUGACAAAAUGACACUGAAGCCUAUUGGGUCUCCGAAGACCAAGAAGGGAGUGCCCAGCUGGGGCCCUUACUCGUAUAAUGCGGACUAA